CAUAACUGUAAUCAAUAUAUUGCGAAUCCCUCUGGACCAACCUGUAUUUCAUGGAAUCUACGCUUCCUGUGCGCAUCUAUGAGGAUGGAGGCUCCAACGAGACGGCGUACGCUGUCCACAAGGCAGUGUUAAGCGGCAUCUUGGGAGGGUGCUCCUACUCAGUCUGGGGUUUCCAGAGGAGAAGAUUGCAAGGACUUGCCAUCCGUUCGGGUGUCGCAGGCCUGUGCUGUGGCAGCUUGAGCUACGGCGUGUUGCUGUGGCAAGCCCAGCAGGCGCGACGCCAUUCCGACUCCUUGAUGCGGCUUCGAGAGAAUGCUGAGGCAGUGUUAAGCGGCAUCUUGGGAGGGUGCUCCUACUCAGUCUGGGGUUUCCAGAGGAGAAGAUUGCAAGGACUUGCCAUCCGUUCGGGUGUCGCAGGCCUGUGCUGUGGCAGCUUGAGCUACGGCGUGUUGCUGUGGCAAGCCCAGCAGGCGCGACGCCAUUCCGACUCCUUGAUGCGGCUUCGAGAGAAUGCUGAGGCCAUUCAGAUGGUGCCCAUCGACAACCUGGCACCACGCUUACCCAUGCAGGAGUUCGACGAGGCCACUGGGCAAAACGCCCUGGAGACCAACGCAGAACUCCUGCGGCAGAUCCAGCGCGAGGACAAGCUUCGCACCCGCGGCGCACGAAGCACUUAGUAUUGGCUUCUGCCAAGAAAA